ACCCACCAAACCCUCAACACAACAACCCAAGACUCCACCCACCAAACCCUCAACACAACAACCCAAGACUCCACCUCCCAAACCCUCAACACAACAGACCCAAACUAGAAUUAUUACACCAUUAACCUGACACAGAGACAGGAUACUGUUAGUUUAGUGUUAGUCUUUGUAACAUUUGUACUUUUGGAAACCCAUUGUGUAACAUACUUUCUCAAUCAUUGUAAACAUAUGUGGAUCAAUAUAAUAAAAUAUAUUGAUGUGUACUUUAACUAUAAUUUCAUCAUCUCAACAAUGUGUUCCUCCUCUGAUGAAAUAAACAUGGUAACUUUAGAACAGAGAAGUUGACAGUUUCAACACUUAGUCACCACAGAUAGCUGAGUUCUCUUGUGGUUUAGAAGUCUAACCUCCGGCCGGUUUGAAUCAGUUUCCCUCUGCAGCAUGUCGACAUGCACUGAGGUCACAACAUGGAAAUCAACAGGAUGUGUCGUGGGAGAAGAGAGAGAGAGAGGAGUCAUGGAAGAAAGAUAUUUUCAGUAGCACUCUGCUGUCAAACUAGUAGCUGACAGAGAAGCUGUUGUGGACCUUACUAUAUUUUAACUGUGUAGUAACUGUGAUAGUAAAGUAACUUUAACAGUAUAGUAACUUUGAUAGUAACUUUAACAGUAUAGUAACUGUGAUAGUAAAGUAACUUUAACAGUAGAGUAACUGUGGUAGUAAAGUAACUUUAACAGUAUAGUAACUGUAGUAGUAAAGUAACUUUAACAGUAUAGUAACUGAGGAGUAACUGUCCAGAAUGAAGAUACUCCAUGUUGUCUCCUGCUUUCUCCUCUCAGCUGUGGUCUGUGUGUUGUCAGGGGUGAUUACAAUGAGAUGGAAAGAAGGAGGAAGCGGUCACAUCAACUGUCCUUAUGAUCGGGGGUAUGAGAAAAAUCCAAAGUACCUCUCUAAGGGGACGUACAGAGACAGAGUUGUUGUCAUCCAAACCCAAACCCAUCGGCACCCAGCGUGGACUCAUCAAGGUAGAUAUUCUCUGUUUGACGACACAAAGAGAAGAGUCUUCACUGUGACCAUCACUAACCCGGUCCCAGAGGAUUCAGGGACCUACUGGUGUGGAGUGGAUACAUGGGGACCUGAUCAGCCAGCUGAAGUCAGGCUCACUGUGGACAGAGCUCCUGUUCCUCCCAACCCUGGCUCCAUCACCUCCAGACCUCUCCUCUCCACGUCACACCCAUCAACAAACAUCACCAUGACAACUGACUCCUCAAACUCCGCUACUGAUAGGACCAAUGGAACAGUAGGAACAACAGCAUCACCACCCACAGACAUGGCUAGAACACAAUGUAACAACAGCAUCACCCUCACAGACAUGACUAGAACACAAGGUGUUGUGAUGUUCUCUGGUGUUGUUCUGGGUGUUGUUCUACUACUGCUGGGUCUGCUGCUGUUCAUGUUUUUCAGACAGAGGAGAGACCGAGACAGGAGACCAACAGCAUCCAAACACUCUGCCAGACUGUUGGUGUCUGACUCCAUGACACCCAACCUAGAUCCAAACACAGGAACCAUCACUAACCCCAUCUACGCCACCACAACCAAUCAGAACCCAGACACAGCCUGUGACAUCACAACCAUCUAUGCCACGGCAACCAAUCCUUGUCCAGAUGGCCUCUACUCCAAUGUUGGUCCGACAGUGAGCUACACUACUGUCAACUUCUCCAGAGAUCCAGCCUGACUCCACUGUGCUACUGUCAACUUCCCCAGAGAUCCAGCCUGACUCCACUGUGCUACUGUCAACUUCUCCAGUGAUCCAGCCUGACUCCACUGUGCUACUGUCAACUUCCCCAGAGAUCCAGCCUGACUCCACUGUGCUACUGUCAAAUUCCCCAGAGAUCCAGCCUGACUCCACUGUGCUACUGUCAACUUCCCCAGAGAUCCAUCCUGACUCCACUGUGCUACUGUCAACUUCCCCAGAGAUCCAGCCUGUCUCCACUGUGCUACUGUCAACUUCCCCAGAGAUCCAGCCUGUCUCCACUGUGCUACUGUCAACUUCCCCAGAGAUCCAGCCUGACUCCACUGUGCUACUGUCAACUUCCCCAGAGAUCCAUCCUGACUCCACUGUGCUACUGUCAACUUCCCCAGAGAUCCAGCCUGACUCCACUGUGCUACUGUCAACUUCCCCAGAGAUCCAGCCUGACUCCUGUGCUACUGUCAACUUCCCCAGAGAUCCAGCCUGACUCCACUGUGCUACUGUCAACUUCCCCAGAGAUCCAGCCUGACUCCACUGUGCUACUGUCAACUUCCCCAGAGAUCCAGCCUGACUCCACUAUGAUACUGUCUCCUUCAGUAAAGACUCUGAAGCUAGUAUCCACCCAGACACCUCAUAAUGUACUGCACCAUUAAACACAGAAUUAAUUAAUGUUGUCAUUUGUUCAUGUUUUCAUGUUGUCAUUUAGUCAUUCAUUUGUGCUUUUAAAUAAUUCAUUUAUUUGAUCGUUCAUUUGUUAAUUAGUUAAUGUAUUCAUUUAAUAAUGAAUUCAUUUGUUUAUUAUUAUUCAUAUUUUUUUUCAUAUCGUGUAUUUAUUUAUUUGUUUGUUCGUUCAUCAUUCGCUAGUUAAAUCAUCUGUUCAUUCAUUAUUUAGUUUGUCGGUUCGUCCGUUCAUUCAUUAUUUGUUAAUUCAUUCAUAUUUUUAUUCAUUUUUAAAAAUGUAAUUUGUUCAUAAAUAUUCAUGAAUGGAUUUUUUGUUUGUUCCUUCAUUCAUUAUUCGUUAGUUCAAUCAUCUGUUUGUUUAGUUGUUAUUUUGUUUGUCAGUCAUUACAUUCAGCACGUCCAUUCAUUCAUUCAUUGUUUCUACUGUGAAUGUAACACUGACUUGAACAAACAGAGACAGUUUGUAGCUUUUAGGAACCUUUGAUUAUUCAGUGUUUUUUACUCCACUUGAUGGGAAAUGAGACUCUGUGUAUUUAUCAAUAAAGCACCAAUAUAUUUCUA